UUAGGCAACAAACAAUUCCUUAGCCGACUCCCCGAGAGUAAAACCAAAACGAGGUAAGGAAAAGUCAACCAUAGCUGCAUUCUGCAUAAGAGUUGAAAUAAGAGAGAGCGCAGAGAAAAAGAAAAAGAAAAAUGGAGAAAAUAGAGCACACAACGGUGAACACCAAUGGAAUAAACAUGCACGUCGCAUCAAUUGGCUCGGGCCCCGCGAUACUGUUCCUCCACGGCUUCCCGGAGCUUUGGUACUCAUGGCGCCACCAGCUUCUCUCCCUCUCCGCCGCGGGCUACCGCGCCAUCGCCCCCGACCUCCGCGGCUACGGCGACACCGACGCUCCGCCCUCGGCUUCCUCCUACUCGGCCCUCCACAUCGUGGCCGACCUCGUUGGGCUUCUGGACGCUCUGGGCAUCGACCAAGUGUUUCUAGUGGGCCAUGACUGGGGAGCCUCCAUGGCCUGGCAUUUCUGCUUGCUUAGGCCCGAUCGCGUUAAGGCCCUCGUCAACAUGAGCGUCGUCUUCCCCCCCAGAAACCCUAAACGAAAGCCCACUCAGAGCCUCAGAGCCAUCUUCGGCGAUGAUUACUAUAUUUGCAGGUUCCAGAAACCUGGGGAGGUUGAAGAAGAGUUUGCUCGUGCUGGUGCUGCCAGAAUAAUAAAGACAUUUCUUACAUGUCGCGAUCCACGACCACCUUGUGUGCCUAAGGAGAUAGGAUUUGGGGGCCCGCCUCACCUUCCCAUUCAUUUGCCUCCGUGGCUGUCUGAAGAAGAUGUCAAUUACUAUGCCACCAAAUUUCACCACAAAGGCUUCACCGGUGGCCUCAACUACUAUCGCGCUAUGGACUUAACUUGGGAGCUCACAGCAGCAUGGACUGGAGUACAGAUCAAGGUGCCGGUCAAGUUUAUUGUGGGAGACCUUGACAUAACAUAUACUCCAGGUGCUAAGGAGUAUAUACGUAAUGGUGGCUUUAAGAAACACGUACCGUUCUUGCAAGAAUUGGUUGUGAUGGAAGGAGUUGCUCACUUUAUAAAUCAGGAAAGACCAGAAGAGAUCAGCGCGCAUAUAUACGACUUCAUCAAGAAAUUUUAAUCCUUCAGAAGUAUACCGCGUACAUGUCAUUAAUAAUUCCUAGAAUCAUGAUUUGGAUGCACUAUCUCACAAGCUUGUAUGAAUGUCAAGUCUUAACUAGUCUCAAAAUCCCCAUCCCCCCGCACCAAAUAAAUGAUGUCUUAGUGGUUGAAUAAAUCCCAACUCCCAAGUGUUAGAUUUCUUCCUGUGUCUCUUUUGUAUUAGACUAUUAGUUAAUGAUGUGGUACUAGCGAUUGGAUGUAGCAGUGAUACUUGGUAAAAUAGAAUAGGCAUAUGGUGACAGCAAGAAUGCAUGAUAAAACGAAAGUUGUGGUUUAUGGUCUCAA